AUGCUUGGUAGAUAUAAACAUGGUCAGUUUAGAAAGAAAUUCAAGACCAGAUCAGGAGAAACUGUCCGAUUGGUUGAUUUACUGGACGAAGGCAUUAAGAGAUCUGAGGCAAAAUUGAGAGAAAAAGAACGAGAAAAUAUUUUAUCACCUGAAGAGUUUGAGGCUGCUAAAGUGAACGUGGCAUACGGCUGUAUCAAAUAUGCAGAUCUAUCCCAUAAUAGGCUCAGUGACUAUGUAUUCUCCUUCGAUAAAAUGUUGGAUGACAGAGGAAAUACAGCUGUCUAUCUGAUGUAUGCUUGUAUGAGAAUCAGGGCUAUUGCACGCACUGCCAAUGUUACACCAGAACAACUGGCAGAGGCUGCUAAGACAACUGAUCUCCCAUUGGAACAUCCUAAGGAGUGGAAACUAGGGAAAUGUCUUCUCCGUUUCCCGGAAGUGAUCCUGAAGAUGAUGGAUGACUUAUUGCUGCAUUCUCUAUGCGACUACCUGUAUGAAGUUUCUGGCACUUUCACGGAAUUCUAUGACAGUUGUUACUGUGUGGAGAAAGAUCGAAAGACAGGAGAAAUCUUGAAGGUGAACAUGGAACGUCUGUUGCUAUGUGAAGCCACAGCCAGGAUAUUGGAGACAGGAUUCCACAUUCUUGGCAUUACCCCAUGUGCUAAGAUGUAGUCAUCACAAUGGAUAGCCAUGCAGAGAUGAAAGUGCAAAUAAUUGAAUGACUCCAUGGACAAUCAACAAUAGUAUUGUGGCUGCAAAAAUGGCAAUAGGUGGAAAGAAAGAUGAAAGAAGUGGUCUGUCUAUUUCUAUUUCAAUAUAAAUAUACAACCACAUCGGCCACAUCUUUUGGUUAAUUCGGUCCCUAUAAAAAGCUAUACAUAUCUCUACUUUAGCCUAUUAUAUAUACCAAGAGGAAUUACAGCUACAACUUUUGGAUGCACUGUCAAAUCUGUACAUGCAC